CAAAAUCUCUACUUACUUCCGCGUUCUUCGCAUAGCAACAGGAGGAAAGCGAAGAUGGCGGAUCGCGGGGAUCCGGUAAAAUAACGUGUCCGAAGUAACUUAGUAAGAAGCGACGCUCUUUUGCAAACUGAAGUUGUUGGAAUAUCCUUAUCGGAGGACCUAGUCCUUCUGGGACAACGGCUUGUGCCAUGGCGUCAACCAACGUCCGAAUCGGUCAACAGGCCUUGGCCGUACUGGAUGUGGCACUCCGUGUUCCGUGCAUCUUUAUUAUCGACGCCAUUUUUAAUUCUUACCAUGAUCCUGGGACUGGAUGGGCCGGGACAGCUGGGAGGGUUUUAAUAAGAGUUUUUGGUAUUUUGGUAUCAAGUGUGGUGCUGGUCCUCUCUCAGAAAGCCCUGUUCAAGUUUUAUACACUGUUCUUCGCCGUGAUGCUGGGGGCCGUGGCUGUCAUGAUCAACUACUAUGCCACGUCACACAUAGACUUCUACAGUGCCUACUACAAAGCGGCAUUGGGCUUCCGGCUGCUACCACGCAACGGCCCCACGCUCUGGCUGGGCAUGGCAGUUGUGCAGCUGCUCUUCGGUCUUGGUUAUGUGGUGCUGCUCAACGUCCAGUCCAUGUUUGCUGCAUUGGUGUUUGUGGACAUCAUGAUCCCGCUGUGGGGCCUGAUCAUCGAGCUGCCGGUGGACGUGAGGCAGCUGGUGGCAGUGGCCUCCGGCUUCAUCCUGGCGCUCAACACGGCAGCCUGCUUGCUGCUCAAGCUCAAGUGGUUCUACUACUCCUGCCGCUACGUCUACCUGCUGCUGCGCCACAUGUAUCGCAUCUACGGCGUGCAGCUGCUGCUGGAGGACACUUGGAAGCGGAUCCGCUUCCCGGAUGUGCUGCGGGUCUUCUGGCUGACCCGCAUGACUGCCCAGGCGGUCAUCCUGGUGUACGUGGUGAAGGUGGUGCGCCACGAGAGCGGACAGCAGGUCACGCUGACGUGGGAUGUGUGCUGGGACCUGUUCAGCAACCUGAUCAUCAGCGGCUGCGACUCCACGCUCACCGUACUGGGCAUGAGUGCCGUCAUCUCCUCGAUGGCGCACUACCUGGGCCUGAGCAUCCUGGCCUUCAUCGGCUCCACAGAGGAGGAGGACAAGCGUCUGGGCUUCGUGGCGCCGGUGCUCUUCUUCAUCCUGGCACUGCAGACGGGCCUGAGCGGGCUGGACCCCGAUGAGCGUCUGGUGCGGCUUAGCCGCAACAUGUGCUUGCUGCUGACGGCCAUAUUGCACUUCAUCCACGGCAUGACGGACCCCGUGCUCAUGUCGCUCAGCGCCUCGCACGUUCUCUCCGUGCGCCGCCACCUACCAGUCCUGCUAGUGUCGAUGGCGCUCUUCGUGCUGCCCGUCGCUCUCAGCUAUGCCCUUUGGCACCACUACGUCCUGAACACGUGGCUGUUUGCCGUGACCGCCUUCUGUGUAGAGCUGUGCCUCAAGGUUGUGGUGUCGCUGACGGUCUACACACUCUUCAUGGUGGACGGCUAUCACAAUGUAUUGUGGGAGCGGCUGGACGACUAUGUCUACUACGUGCGCUCCACAGGCAAUGUCAUUGAGUUCAUCUUUGGUGUCAUCAUGUUUGGCAAUGGUGCCUACACCAUGAUGUUCGAGUCGGGGAGCAAGAUCCGAGCCUGCAUGAUGUGCCUGCACGCCUACUUCAACAUCUACCUGCAAGCCAAGAAUGGCUGGAAGACCUUCAUCAACCGCCGCACAGCGGUCAAAAAGAUCAACUCCCUGCCAGAGGUCAAGGGUACUGAGCUGCAUGACAUAGAGGACGUGUGUGCCAUCUGCUACCAGGAAUUUGCCACCUCUGCACGCAUUACGCCGUGCCACCAUUACUUCCAUGCGCUUUGCUUGCGCAAGUGGCUCUACAUCCAAGACACCUGUCCCAUGUGCCACCAGAAAGUCUACAUUGAGGAUGAGGCACGAGACAGGGCAGCUUUCUCCAAUAACAACGGCUAUGCAGCCCCGGGGGGUGACCUGGACGAGUUUGCAGACCCAGGCAGGGCAGAGGGGGCAGACGCCGCAGCAGGUGGGGCAGAGCCUGACAAUGAGCUGCUGGAAGACAAUGACAGUAUAGAAUAUGACGAAGAUGAGUGGGGCACACUUAAUGGAGGCACGCCCAUAGAGGAGGACUACAUUAAUGAUGACACAGACUCCAAUGGCGACUGAUUUAUGAAAGUAGUAGGUUAUGAAAAUAUAUUUAAAAAAAAUAUAUAUUUAAGUUAUACCAUCUUAAUUUUGUCAACAUCAGGGAUGUCAUUUAUUUCUGUCUCCUUUUACUUUGUUUUAUGUGUUUGUUUCUCAAAGGGCUUGUGGAGGUUUAAAUGUAAGGUGUGUGUGUGUGCCUAUACAAAGGGGGUGGAGGCUUUGAGUUCAGUGAGAGACGCACAUUCCUUUUCUUUUUCUUCUUCUUCCUCCUCCUCCUCUUGGGGACGCCAUGGGGGUUAGUGUGUCUGUCUGUGUGUGUGUGUGUGUGUGUGUGUGUGUGCGUGCGCUUUGGGUCUGACAACUCAAAGGGAGGUGGGGAGCAACAGCAGAACGAGAGGUCUGAUUAAACGUGACAUGCUACUGUAAUCACUGAUAUACCUCUGUCAUUACUACUGGUCUCUUGUGUGACCUUGCUUAAAUUUGUGUACGUUGUUGUACAUGUAAUUAAAACAAAAAACUCUUUCCCCUUAGAAAAGACAAGGCUGUAUUGCAAAUUAGUGUUUUUCAAAAGCCACUGGACAUUGGGCUGUUGGUAUGAGCAAAACUGCAACCUCUACACUUCACCGUUUUACUCAGACAAUAUCUGUGUUAAAACAUCAAUCUCUGCAUUUCAACUGGACAGUUCUAUUAGUGAUGUUGAAGGCAACCACUGCUUUUGGUAUUUUGUUGUUUCAUUUGCAAUUGCUCCCUUUUUUUGUUUCAGUUUAGAAUUUGGCACAUUGGCUUACUGAAAAAGAGCAAGAUGCUAUUUGAAAAUAAUUAAUUUAAUGCAACAGGCAGAGCAACUGGUGAAAAAUGUAUGUGAGUGCUAAUUUAGGGUAUUCUAAUCAGGAAGUGAAAAAAAUUGAUUUAUUCUGUGGAAUAGUUGUGCUUUCACUUUCUGUUAAUGAUGAAGGAAUUUUAUGAUUCAUCUUUUUUUUUGCUUUUGAAAAGGUGCAAAUGUUAAUUUUGCCUUUUGCUUUAAAGGUAAUGUAAAUAAAAAUAAUCUUUAAUAGUGA